ACCAGCAUCCCUGAGAGUAGACAGAGGGGUGGGAGAGUUAACGAGUUAUUCCUCACUCAGACGUGCAGGAGAAGUGGCAGGGUGGUAAAAUGUGAGAGGACUUCGGCUUUCUCGGUUCGGAUAACGAGCGUGUCCAAAACUCUCCUCCCUUUCCCGGGGCUGAUGUGAACGCACAGGCUGCGUUGGCUUCUCGUCAGACGCUCGUCCAAGACCUCGCAGAUAUUCAGUCGUGACGGAUCCGUCCCUCCGCUCCCACUCCUGUUUAAGAUUCCGCAGUUGACAAGACAGCGCUCUGCCCGCAUCCGUCCCCUCUUCUGACUUUUUUUUUCCCCUCUUGGAGAACGGGAAUCUGGCCGUUUUUUCUUUCGGAUUCAAGUUUAACCACACGGGGAGUUUACAAUGACAGCCACCAAGGAGCAGCCGAAUCAGAGACCGAAUCAAACGCAGCAGGAUGAGGACCUGGGUGGGGUGAGCCCUCCUCAGAGGAACUGGAAAGGGAUUGCCAUCGCUUUGCUGGUCAUCCUGGUGGUCUGCUCCCUCAUCACAAUGUCUGUCAUCCUCCUCACACCAGUUGACACCCAAGCUGGAAGCGACACCAAACUGACUGUGGAGGAUCUGUUUAAACCUGAGUUCAAGGCCCAUGACCCGGAGGCCAAAUGGAUUAAUGACUCUGAAGUCAUCUACAGAAACAGCGACGGCCAUGUCAUCAAGUUCAACAUCCUUACAAAUGAAACAGAGAUUGUCCUGACAAACACAACAUUUAUAAAUUUCAACGUGGCCAAGUAUUCCGUCUCCCCUGAUCUGAAAUAUGUACUCUUCGCAUAUGAUGUGAAACAAGUUUACCGCCACUCCUACAUGGCCUCCUACAGUAUCUACAAUAUUCACACACGGGAGGUUUGGGAGCUGGACCCUCCUGAGGUGGUGAACUCAGUCCUGCAGUAUGCUGCCUGGGGAGUGCAAGGGCAACAACUGAUCUACAUAUUUGAAAAUAACAUCUACUACCAAUCCGACGUCAAGAGUAACUCCCUUAGGCUGACGUCCUCAGGGAAGGAAGGAGUCAUCUUCAAUGGGAUUGCUGACUGGCUUUAUGAAGAGGAGAUCCUUCAGACCCAUGUGGCACACUGGUGGUCACCUGACGGGGAGAGGUUGGCCUUCCUGAUGCUUAAUGACAGUCUGGUGCCCAACAUGGCUUUACCUCGUUUCACCGGCAUGACAUACCCCAAAGGAAAGCAAUACCCGUACCCCAAGGCUGGCCAACCCAACCCGGCGGUGAGGCUCUAUGUAGUCAAUCUUUACGGGCCAACGCACACGCUGGAGCUCAUGCCUCCCGAGACUCUCAAACUACGGGAACAUUAUGUGACCAUGGUGAAGUGGAUCAGCAAGACCAAGACAUCUGUCAGGUGGUUGAACCGAGCCCAGAACAUCUCCAUCCUGACUGUGUGUGACACCACCACUGGAGCCUGCGUCACGAGACAUGAAGAAAGCUCUGAGCUCUGGCUUUCCAAGCAGAACCAAGAACCCGUUUUCUCCAAAGAUGGCAGCAGAUUCUUCCUGACUGUCCCGGUGAAACAAGGAGGGCGUGGAGAAUUUCACCACAUCGCCAUGUUCACCACACAGUUCAGAGCAGAUCAAAAUGAAGUCCGACAUCUGACAUCAGGAAACUGGGAGGUGACCAGGAUCAUUUCCUAUGAUGAGAACACUGACAACCUUUAUUUUCUCAGCACAGAGGGGUCACCACGAAGGCGGCAACUUUUCAGUGUUAAAACUGUAGGUCUGUUCCCACGACGGUGUUUGACAUGUGAGCUAAAUAAAGCGCACUGUCUGUACUUCGAUGCUGACAUCAGCCCCACAAACCAGCACAUCAUCCUCCACUGUAAAGGUCCUGGAGCACCAACUGUGAUCUUACACAGCCUCAAUAAUUCAAAUUACUACAUCCUUGAGAACAACUCUUUGCUAAAGGCAGCCUUGAAGUACAAAAGGAUCCAGCUGAUGGACUUCAGGACUGUACCGAUGGAACAUUUUGAUUUACCUUUGAAGAUCUCCUACCCACCAGACUUCUCUGAUUCCCGUCACUAUGGACUCCUGCUGCUGGUUGACAGCGCCCCUGGUGGUCAGGCUGUGAGUGACCGCUUCUCUCUCAGCUGGGACUCUGUGCUGGUCAGCUCAGACAGCGUCAUCGUGGCUCGUCUUGAUGGCCGGGGCAGCGGCUUCCAGGGUCAGAGGAUCCUGCACGAGGUUCACCAGAGACUGGGAACUGUUGAUGUUCAGGACCAGAUUGCAGCAGUAGAAUACAUGAUGAAAUUUCCAUAUAUUGAUCGGACACGGAUAGGGGUGUUUGGAAAGGGUUAUGGAGCGUACAUUACGUUAAUGAUGCUUAAGUCUACUGACAGCCUCUUCAAAUGUGCUUGUGCAAUGUCACCAGUGACAGACUGGAAACUCUAUGCAUCAGCGUUCUCUGAGAGAUACCUUGGCAUGCCAUUACGGGAUGACAGCAGAUAUCAGUUUUCCAGUGUGCUGCAGAACGUUCAAGCACUUAGGGAGCAGACACUGAUGCUGGUGCACGGCACAGCCGAUGCCAACAUCCACUUUCAGCAUACUGCUGAGCUCGUCAAGAACCUUGUGAAAGUUGGAGCAAACUACUCAAUGCAGAUCUACCCAGAUGAGGGCCAUUUCCUGUCUCAACAGAGUCGCCAGCACCUCCACGCCACGCUGACCAGCUUCUACAGGGAGUGUCUGAAGGAGGAAUUACUACCGCUGCCUGAUGAGGAAGAGGAGGAGGAGGAGUAGGCGGGAGGCUUCGAGGGUCAGACCUUUGGCAGAGCUUGAAGAAUUUAGCUAAAAUCCGUCAAGGCCUUUCGUGUUUUGGACCAAGUGUUUCGCCGGACAUGGAGACUGGGUUAGAGCUGUCAAAGCUCUAAAAGUGUGUGUGUGUGUGUGUGUGUAUGUGUGUGUGUGUGUGUGUGUGUGUGUGUGUGUGUGAGCACUCCAGUGUUUGACUGUGUAUGCCGGUGUAUAAAUGUGUUGAAAAGAUAACUGAAGGACACGACAGUGACACUUGCAUUGCCGGGACUUGAGACGGGAACUGCCCUCUAGCAUAAAGUCAUUUCAGUUUCGGGACGCUCCGUUUCUCGUCAAAGCGCACGGAAGACUGCCUCCAUCUUUUGCAGGCUCUCUGGGCUGUAGUCAUCCACACUUACCAAGUGCAUGGUUCUUUUUGUCCUCUCAGCUUCACUCAUUUUGCCAUGUUAGUCUCCUUUGUGGUAGCACUUGGGAAGAAAAGAACACAGAUGUACACUUUUGAUCUCACCUCUCCUUUGGUUGUUGUAUUGUUGCACAAGGAAAUGCUCCAGCCAUCUGCGAAAAUGUUUAGUCACGCAACCUCACCACAACAGAGCCGAUCCUGAAUAAGUGCUAUUUCCUGCUGAAAACCCUCCGCCAUCGCCCACCCUAAAUGAAAACAGUCUUUAUCGGUCACACUUUAUUGUACAGGGGUCUUGUGUAGACAUGUACAAUGCCUUAUAAGGUUCAACAUACUGUAAUAUUACUUGCUGGCAGUGGUAGUCAUCCUUUAGCAGUGUCAUGUUAACCUAUGUCAACUCAGGUCCUCGAGACACAACAUUGCAGUCAGUUUAGUAUCUGAAACACUUACAACACUAUGUCAGCUGUAUGGUCAUGAAUAAGUUAUGAAUUAUAUGUGAAGAUAAUGGAUAUUGACCAUGCAGUAAUUUCAGUUACAGGCCACACUGCUAAAGUUCUCCAUCUUAAUAUGUCAUUUGUUUUCUUAAAAUCUUACUUUUCUUAAAACAAGUGGUACUGCGUCACCACCCCAUUCAAGAACCUUCUUGAAGUCAAGAGACAUUUCCCUAUUCCUGGAUAUUCUCUUAUUUCAAGAAAUGAAUAAUUAACUGCAGUGGAUAUUAAUGAAAAUGGGUGUACUAAGAUGGACAAUUUUACAGUGUCAGUAAGGUGUUUGCAUGUCUACAGGGAAUGUGUCAAGUGUUGCCACAUUUUGUACAGUACAAUACAGCAGAGUGUGUACAUAAAUAUAUUUUUGAGAUGUCAGAUCUCAUAGAUAGUUUAGUCUAUGGGGAUGGAUUGAUUUGACCUGGAUGUCUUGUACUUCUUUUUUAUUUGAUUGUUUUUCUGUUUUUCUUUCAGCUGUUGAUUUUAUUCUUAGGAUGGAUUUUGUAAUGCUUGUUCUUGUUCUUUUUGCUGUUUUAAAAGGGAAAGGGCAGGGUUGAGGUUUGGGGGUUAUUGUGAUUGUCCUCUAGUGAUGAUUAUAAAUAAAAAAAGACUAUGAAAAACAACAAGUUGUGAAGAUGCAUAGAGCAUGCAUUACAGCAGAGAACCAAAUCAGCUACAUUUGUUUGCAGGAUUGAUUAUUGGAGAGGAUUGGUAACCCAAUCAUCUGAACACUUCAUGGCCUUGGGACACGCACAUUAAUGUCUAAGCAGGCAAGAGCUGCUUGUUUAGAGUGAUCGAAGCUGCCUCAACACUGCAUGUCUGUGUGCAUUAAUCAGUGCCUGCACUCACAAGCCUCAGUGGCCGAGCAGAUGGUAACUCUGCUGAAGGACAGAAACUCUUAAAUCUGCAGGAUCUGAAGCACCGGAGUUAAUGUAGAGGUUUUUCCAUCAGUGCUUAUCCACACGUUGGGUUUUGAAAGAAACAAAAGAUUCAAGUUCAGUCAAAACUCAUCAAAGGAACAAUAGCAUUGUCUAGGUUUUCAUGAAGGCCAAAGUUUAUUACAGUCAACGUGCAACCUAUAGUGAAAUGCUUUUCAGUGUACUCCACUUAUGACUAUGCAAAGAAAUGUGACACGCAGCAACUUGUGUACAAGGAUGUGUGAUAAGAAUAGAGGUAGAACAAAAUGUAGUGGCGCAAACUAGGACAGACAAUAAACAAACCAGUGACAAAUUACACGACAUAAUGGGGUGGAGUAUAUACAACAUUAUCCUAAGGACAAAGAAAAGUGUCAUGCAUGAGUGUGUGCUAAGGGUAUUAAAUAGCCCAGUCUAAAGCAGAUAUUAGCAGCAGUAGAUAUUAUGAUAGUUAAAUAAAUGGUUCAGCAUUUUGGGAAAAUUGACUUAUUUGGUCUCUUGCUGAGAGAUGUCUGUAUGAUACAUAUGAAGCUGCAGCCAGCAGCCGGUUAGAAGCUUUGUUCAUAACAUUGACAUUUUAAUUCUAAAUCAACAUUCGAAUGCUGAACAUCAAAAAAGGAGUGACCAGGUGACAUUGCUGUCUCUGUCUCUUUCCUCUGCUCUCUGUAUGAACUGACUGACUUCGGCUGCAUUCACACAGAUCCGACUAUGAGGUUCCAUCCUGCAGGGUUGUGCGGAGGUGUGACCAUGUUUAUUUGUGCUUUAGAGAGUAACCACGUGACCACUGAUUCGCAGUUCUGUUCUUGCUGUCACCGCUCCCUCACUUCACUUCACUCGUUGGUCUACCACUGCUGCUCUCGCUCUCUCUGCAUGGGGACAGAAAAUAUGUCAGACAUCUUUAAACUCACAAAUGAACUUGUUAUAUUUAAUUUGUUUAAUCUGUAUAAAAAACAAAAAUAGGAGAAAUUUGUGGUUCCACUGGGAGUUAUAUGCAUCAAACUAUAUCUUGGUUGGGAGCAGUUACCUUGAAGUUGCUCUGCAACCAGUGGAGGCUCCAGUACAUCACUUUGCCCUGCCAAGAAGUAAUCCUGCACAUGAUAGCCCUGCUGUGUUCUGAACCAGCAACUACUUAUGUGAAUAACUAAUUAUUAUACACUUCAUACUGUACUCAAGUGGUAGUUACAGUAAUCAUGCAAUUAUAAAUCAAGAUUACGAGCUGCCUUUGCUUGCACACACAUGGAAUUUGACUCCAGUUAAGUUUACCUGAUGCCACCAAGACAGUACACCAAGAACAGCAAUCAUAGAGUAACUACAGACUAGUUGUGUGUAAAGUGUGCAGUCUACCCUGAUUCUAACUGUUACUUUUUUAAAUGUUUUAUUUGAAUUAUUUUGGCUGAUCAGACCUCUUCCCUAUGGAUGUAUACAGAUAAUGCUUGAUUGACAUUGGAGUCUUAUUUCCUUUGACACCUGAGAAGGAAGUCCAAUCAGCCCAUAUAACUCAUAUCUAUUUUGAUGUGCUGGGCUGAUGAAAUAUUCUUUAUCACCUUCUGUCAUGGCACAACAUUACACUCAGUUCUAUUUGAUUGCUAUCAGAAAUGUGUUUGUAUUUUUACGCAAUGGUCCAAGCACAAGUAAGAAGGCAAUCUGCUCGUCAGCAGUUAGCACUGUCUGUCAGUGUGUCUGACAUAUUAAUUCUUUGCAGACAUCUUGAAGUUUGAGAAAACAAUAUCACCACACUGUCCAAUUAGUCUGUUCUGAAGCUUCCAAUCAAAUCACACAGUCUUCAUCAGCAGAAUGAGUUUGCUCAGUUGUCAUAGAAUUGUAGACUCUCAAAUUUCCUUUUAGUUUGGUGACAUUGUUUGUCUCAGCUGCUGUUUCCAAAGUCAGGGAUGAACUUUGAACCUCAUCGUAAAGUUUGUAAGUGAAGCCAGUCAUGUAUCUACUUUUUUUUUUUUACAAGGACAACACACAUUGAUCAACAUCACUAUAAGUCUGCUGGCGUCAGCUAAAAGGAUAUUUUCCGACUGUUGUCCCUUUGCCAGAUGGUAAACCAGCCAUUAAACUGAUGUUUAUACAAGCUAAUUAAUCAGGAUUUUUGUCCCAUAGAGUUAAAACUCCAUUGUUGCAGCUAAAAUCUGAAACAAAUGUUAACUCUGUAGUCAUUUUGGAUAGGACAAUGCACAUCUCAUGAGAGAACAGCUUCAUUCCAGUAAACACACAAAGACUGAGCCAAGCAUAAGCAAACUGUUAUGGGAUAUCUCAGUAUGUGAUGUUGUUUAAUUGAAUCUUAAAUGCUCUCAGAAAAUCACACUUGAGUGAGAGCAUUUGUACUCAGCUGAGAUCCCAGCAGGGUAGAUACACUGUCACACUUUAAUGCUGAAAAGUUCAACUGUGGGGGAAUUACACAUAUUUGCUUUCUGAUAUCAGUCUUGUGUGUGUGUUAAGUACAGAGAUGGAGUCCAUGUUUUUAGACUACAUAAAGAAACAGCUAGCUUUGUUAAAUAUGUAUAGUAUAUAUUCUAUAGUAAACAGCUGGGUGAAGUGACUAUGCACAGCUUUCUUGAGUUUUGUUUUCACAAUGAGACUAGUCUGAUAUAAUAGUACAAAAGCUGUAAAGCCUCACAUCUUUUUAAUAGUCAUCAAAUACAACGCUCAACCUUUUGAUGUUUUCUUUUGCGGGGUUGGGAUCCAUGUUUCAGUUUGUUGAAAGGAAAUCUUACAACCUUACCUUUGUUGUCACCCCCUACUGAUUUGAAAUUCAACAAUCCGUUCACAUCCCCGGCUUCAUUUUUGUAAUCGUGACAUCACCAAGCAGAAAACUAGCUUGCCAAGUAUGCUUUUCAUCUAGCCUGUAACCUCUAUGGAUUCAGGUUGCAGUUUGAAGCCUUAGCCUGUGCUUGCUGGGCGAUUACCCUGACAUUCACACAGAGGCAAACAUGUAGUGUAACUAAUUGGUGUUGGCAGGUAGUGAUAAGUAAUAAAAUUACUUUUGAAAAGAGUCGCUAAGCUAACCAUUUCCUGACUUCAGCUACAUAAUAAACACACUGACGUGUGACAUUGAUUUAUUCUUCACAUCUCCCCACCAGAAAGACAGCAAUCCACAUAUUUCAGCUGUCCCUUUAGUGUUUAACACUGAAGCCGACUCUGGCUUGACUUGGCCUUGACUAAACAUUUUAUGUCACUAGUGCACCAUCAGCAGUUUCAAAUCAAGAUUGGGUAUGUUGUAUCAGAUAUGGCUCUAAAUGAAAUUCUCAUUUUAUUGCUUCAGCAAUAAACAACCCAACACACAGAUGCAAGACUGUCUUGUUUAACAAUUUAUUUCAGCAUAUAAAUCUUCUCAAGUAUACAAAUGUCUACAGUCGACAUAAUGACUAUAAUGUACAGUAUAUAUAUAUAUAUAUAUAUAUAUAUAUAUAUAUAUAUAUAUAUA